ACUGGUGUCAUUAUCUGUUGAAUUUGGACAGUAGCUGCUUUAUACUAGUAUUUUCCUAGUUUCUGGUUUCCAUCCACACUCCCGUAGCAUAGCUAGUACCUACUUGAUCUGAUUCAGAGGCAGGGGUUCUCAACCUUCCCCCAAAACCCUCACUCCAUAAACGCUUCCUGUGAAAUGGGUUGUCACGGUAGCAAGCAGAAAAAAUCAAGCGCAGAGUUUAGUGGGUAUGGAUCAGGUACAGGUACAGGUACCGGCACAGGCACAGGUGGUAGCGGCGUUAGUUACCACACUGUUCAGCCACCCACUACUCAAGUUCAGGCAUCAGCACCCAAACCAGAAUCACAUGUAGUGGCGACCCCACCAAAACCAAAACAACCUUCGAAUUUGCAGAAAGCAGAAGCAACCAUUCUGGGGAAACCCUUUGAAGACAUAAAGAAACACUACACUCUGGGGAAAGAACUGGGAAGAGGGCAAUUUGGGAUUACGUAUCUCUGCACCGAGAAUUCAAGUGGUCACACCUAUGCCUGCAAGUCGAUCUUGAAGAGGAAGCUGGUUUCCAAAGCUGACAAAGACGACAUGAAGAGAGAGAUUCAGAUAAUGCAGCAUUUGUCUGGGCAACCCAACAUCGUUGAAUUCAAGGGUGCUUACGAGGAUCGGUAUUCGGUUCACCUUGUGAUGGAACUCUGUGCUGGUGGUGAGCUUUUUGAUCGAAUCAUUGCUCAGGGUCACUAUUCUGAGAGAGCUGCUGCAUCGCUUUGCCGAGCCAUUGUGAAUGUUGUGCACAUUUGCCAUUUCAUGGGUGUUAUGCACCGUGAUCUCAAGCCCGAGAAUUUUUUGCUUUCUAGCAAGGAUGAGGAUGCCACGCUCAAGGCAACUGAUUUUGGGCUCUCUGUUUUCAUUGAAGAAGGGAAGGUUUACCAUGAUAUGGUAGGCAGUGCUUACUAUGUUGCUCCUGAGGUAUUGCGUCGUAGUUAUGGAAAGGAAAUAGAUAUUUGGAGUGCUGGCAUCAUAUUGUAUAUUCUUCUGAGUGGUGUACCACCUUUUUGGGCUGAAACUGAAAAGGGAAUAUUCAACGCCAUAUUGGAAGGUGAAAUUGAUUUUGUAAGUGAACCAUGGCCAUCAAUAUCAGACAGUGCUAAAGAUCUAGUCAGGAAGAUGCUAACGCAGGAUCCAAAGAAACGGAUUACUUCUGCUCAAGUUCUUGAACAUCCAUGGAUGAGAGAAGGCGGAGAGGCAUCUGAUAAACCAAUUGAUAGUGCUGUUCUAUCCAGAAUGAAACAAUUCAGGGCAAUGAAUAAGCUCAAGAAGCUAGCAUUGAAGGUUAUUGCUGAAAAUCUAUCAGAAGAGGAGAUUAAAGGUCUCAAAGCAAUGUUUGCAAAUAUGGACACUGACAAUAAUGGCACCAUCACCUAUGAAGAACUGAAGACUGGCUUGGCUCGAAUUGGAUCACGACUUUCUGAGGCUGAAGUGAAGCAACUCAUGGAAGCUGCUGAUGUUGAUGGAAAUGGGUCGAUUGACUAUAUUGAAUUCAUCUCGGCUACAAUGCAUCGGCACAGACUUGAACGUGAUGAACAUCUUUACAAAGCAUUCCAGUAUUUUGAUAAGGAUAACAGUGGAUAUAUUACAAGAGAUGAAUUGGAGACUGCUAUGACCCAACAUGGAAUGGGUGAUGAAGCAACAAUAAAGGAAAUAAUCUCUGAGGUGGAUACAGAUAAUGAUGGGAGAAUAAACUAUGAGGAAUUCUGUGCAAUGAUGAGAAGCGGAAUGCCACACCAGGGACAGCUACUGUAAAUCUAUUGAAUGGAGUCAAUUUUACAAGAUUGUGUGAUUCAUCAUGAACGCCAAUCGUUUGAGUGACUUAACAUUGUAGGCAAGAAGCAUUAUCUUCAGAAAUGUGUAACAGGGUGCACCAUGCAUAUUGAUUAUUUCUUUGAAGUUUUUUGCAAUCCUAAUGUUGGUACAAGGUUACUUUUGUGCCUGUGGUGCUAAAAAUGGGUUGCAUGAAGUAUUGUUCCUGUACUUCCGUGUACAUUUAGUUUCUGGCUGUCAUAUUUUCCAAGUGUUCUAUCGAAGCUUGAAAUUUUAUAUGAAAAUACUUUGAUAGCGUAGAAUUAUUAUUUUUAUUGUGGCUGAGAAAUGAGUAAUCAGGGGAGGGAACUGAUUUCCUUAACCUGUAUAUGCAAAUGCAAACUUGAAUAUUUUGUUCACAUAAUGUUUUGUGGAAAUGCUAGAUUUUCUUCUUUCUUCUUUCUCUUCUCUGUGGGUUAGGGCAAUCUUCAGCAUUAAGAUGUAAUCUAUCCCAUGCCCUGCAAUAGAAUUUGACGCUUGAAUUGCAGUGUCCUGUAUAAGAAAAAAGAUUGGACUUAAUUU